GUCUGGAACCUUUUUCCCGGAAGCGAAAUUGGACAAAAUGCUUGGUUGAUGUGGGGGACCGUGCAGGUGCUACAGCAUGGGGAAUGCAUAUUGUGAAUCUACGCGGAAGUUUUCUUGUUUUGAGUUUCGAAGUGGGAGCAAUUUUGUCGUCUCGUGAUUGUGAAGUCAUAUACUGUAGCCACUUUUCUGAUUAUCUUGUUUUCUGGAACUGCCUAUUGUCAUUCUAGGCAGAAAAGUCUAAUUCCCUCAAAAACCAGUCCCUGGUGGAUACCGGUCUCAUAUUCCUAGGCUAGGAUUUGAGCAACGAGUGUUAAGUCAUGUUCAAUCAGCGAGCAAUUUUCCUCUGAGCAACCGGCAAGAAUCGUGGGGGGCAAAAGAUUUGUUUCGUGAACAUAUGAGCUCAUCUUGGCAUCAUGGAGCAACUCGGCCAGAAGCUGGAUUUUGUGUCCAUCUCAUCCUUACCGACGUGGGACAAUGAGGAGAAUAUUCCUGAAUACAGAGUCUCAGCAGAUGAGAGUAGAACCUCAAGGUUCCCAUGUGACCCCUCACUCAAUCAGAAGAUUGUGUUGUGGGAAGGUGACCCCACAGCCUUAGAUGCGAUGGGCCUCAUUCAUCCGACCAACGAACAUCUGAAUGAAAAUACCCCUCUCACAGAAGCCAUCCACAAGCGGGCAGGACCAGACCUUCAAAAUGAACUGAUCAAAACUGUCAGAUGUUGCAGAACUGGUGAAGCCAAACUGAGUAAAGGUUACCAUCUACCAGCAAGGUUUGUCAUCCACACGGUGGGGCCCCGCUACAACAUCAGAUAUCGCACAGCUGCCGAGAGUGCCUUAUAUAAUUGCUACCGUAAUGUGUUGCAGCUCGCGAGAGAACAUGAGCUUCGAACUUUAGCCAUCUGUGCCAUUAACUCGGUCAAGCGGGGCUACCCUCCUGAGGAGGCUGCCCAUAUUGCAAUAAGAACCAUAAGACGCUUUCUCGAGAAGCAUGGUCAGGUGUUUGAGAGAAUAGUCCUUGUCAUACGGGGAAUUAAUGAGGAUUGUUAUCAAGACCUCCUGCCAUUAUACUUUCCCCGGAGUAAAACGGAAGAACAGUGGGCUUUGGACCUGGUGCCAGCCAAUAUUGGUAAUGAGGAUGGGGAACCAGUCAAUCCGGAGAGAAAGAUCCGAAUAGCGGAGGAUCCCAUUGGCAGAGAUAUCGCUCCAGUCAACAGCAGAGAAUCGGAUGAGGAACAGGGAAUGGACGAAGUGGACAUCAGCAGUCACGCUUUCACCUCUAUGCAGGCUGACCCGGACAAGACCAAGAGGGAGAUGGGAGCCACCAGGCCCAUCCUGAGCGUUGAGGAAGAGAAAAAAAGGAGGUAUGAGCGGUUCUUGAGACGGUCCCGAAUGGAGGAUUUGUCAGACAUUGCCGCCCAUCGUUGCAUCUACCAGACAGGCGUUGACAUCUAUGGCCGGCCGAUCGUGGUCUUUGUCGCCAGAAACUUUCCCGCAACGGUAGUCGAUUUAGAGAAGGCGUUCCUGUACUUCAUCUAUCUCCUUGAUCCCAUAGUCAACGAAGACUACGUCGUCAUCUACUUCCACACCCUCAGCACUGCCCAGAACCAGCCCGAGCUGAAGUGGCUGAGGCAAGUCUACCACACGGUGGACAAGCGGUAUCGUAAGCACCUGAGGGCGUUCUACAUUGUCCACCCGACCUUCUGGUCACGGUUGGUGACGUGGUACUUCACCACCUUCACAGCCUCCAGCAUUAAGGAUAAGGUCAGGAGCCUGAAGGGGGUUCAUUAUCUCUACAACACCAUCCACCCAGAUCAGCUGGACGUGCCGCCCUUUGUGUCCGAGUACGACAUGCAGGUUAAUGGGAAGAGCUACUUCAAUCCUGAAGAAGGCUCAGAGGUGGAGGGCCUGUGAUCUAGGACACCAUUGCCUGUAACCAAAGCAGCAGAGGUGUAAGUUGUAAAGAUGUCCUCAAAAACCCACUAGGUGCUGAUAAAUUAUUUGUGGCAAAUAGAAUAGUCCCGUUUUUGUUUUAUUUAUCACCUUUUAGGGAUAGUUUGUAUAAUUUGGGUUGUUUUAAUUUUUGGGAAGUUAGUUGUUUCAUUUGAAGAUAAGUUUUUGGUGAUAAUGUGGCCUGAUCAAAAGCACCCCUCAGUGACUGAAAAGAUCCAUGUUGGUCGGGAGUGCUCAUUUUGUUGGUAGCGAUGAGACUGCAAUGCUUACAUUUCAUAGUCGUUUGAGAAUCAGCGGUGCGCAGUUAGUACCAAAAGAGCUUCCAUUGCUAAGAAAAUUGGACCCUUUCUUGGCUUAGCUUGGAGCCCAUAGACAAAACACUUCUACAUUUGAACUGUGUUUUGCAACAAACAAAGAAGGUUUUGGCUCUUGUCUUGCACAUUCUUGAAUCCAAAAUAAAUCCUGUGUCAUGAUUUUCAAUUUUCAGGUUGGAGAACUGCCACUUAUUGGACUUUGCAAUAACUUGAUUAUUAUUUUACGUUUUUUUGUUUAACUCACCAGGCUGAAGUUUAUUCUGUUAGCAAUUUCUAAAGUUCCUUUACAGUUUUCUAAAGAAGUCGAAUCAAUUUCGUUUGUCAACACACUGGAAUACCUUUUCUGUUGUUUUCAUCAGUUUAAAUUGUUCAGCAUGACCAUUGGUUGCAGUUGAUGUUCUGAGUUGAUAUUUGUUUGGGUUAUUUGUACAAUGACAUUGAAAGUAAUCUUCUAGUCCCAUUUUCCAAUCCAUUGGCUAGUCAUUUUUACUUUGCAAUUGUUGCCCGAGCAAGCUGGGUGGCAAUGUGGUUCGCUUGUCUACACUAGAAGGGGGGGGGUUGGUAUUUGCACGAUUACCUCCUCAACAUAAACCUGUGGAACACUGGAGCAGUAUUUGCUGCCCCCUGGUGCGAACACUCGUGAAUAAUGAGCAAAUGUCAAAGUUUGCAAUCGGUUUGCAAUCUCAAACUUACCCACCACUUUACCCAUCUACUACCCAUCAAUAGCGCCCUCAGUCAUCAUAGUACUGAGCCAUUGCUCUCUGCAGGUGCAAAUCCCUGUUUGUAAUCUCGCCGCUCUGUGGUUGAUAUUACUCUGGCCACUUCUUUCCCUGAGCUUAGGUGGGAAAUACUUGCUGAGAACAUUUACGUGUGAAAUGCCCGAGAACCAAUCGUACACGAUACACAUGUCAUUCUAGCUGGUAACCUGUCAUCAGUGGCUGGUAACCUGCCAUCACUGUCUCAUUUUAUUGUUAAACAACUGCUGAUUCUUCUCUUUCCCCCCCCCCCUUUUUUUCUUCCUUUUGGAAUACCAAUCCAGUGAUUCAUUUGGAGAAAAGUCACCUUUUGUACGUUACAAGCUUAUUUAUUGGCCUUAAUCAAUUCUUACCUGGAGUAAAUUACUCACCAGUGCAUGGACUAUUUAAUCACAGGAAAUUCAGAAUGUUGAUAAAGUUGACAAUGGAGAUUUGGGCACCAGUGGAUAAAUAAUUUUGAAAGAAGAGCAAUUUCACUUGCUGCGUGUUCUUGCUUGAGUUAUGUGAAAGGGUGAAAGGUUAACUAGAUCGGCAGUCAAAUGUUGCUGUCAUGCAAUGCUGUUUCAAAUAUAUAGUUGGUUCACUAUCAACAACAUCAAAGCUAAGAACGAGAGCUUGUGUUUUUGAAUUAUGUGUGUGUCACUGAUUCGGAGGAAAAGGAGUGGUUUUCGUCCAACCUAACGUAGGUCCGCGUAAAAUAUGAUGGAGAUGAAUCCCGUUCAUUGCUGGGAAUUUCUGUGUGAAUUUUGUGCUUUUAAAGUCUUGCAAUGUUGAUGCAAUGCUAAAACCUUCCCAAUAUUGAUUUCUGUCAUCUUAUUGCCAAUUAUCUGGAGGACUAGAAAAUUGCAGGUUAGGAAUUUGAUCCCACCGCUGUCCCCCUUUUUUGACUAAUAAUGUUUCCAUGUGCUGCACACUUCCAAAUUAUUUGUUCAAAUUGAAUUUUAAAUAAAGUGACUCUAAAAAUGCUCACAGCGAUAUUUGCCUGAAUGAAAUAUGCUUUGAUGGUAAUGCUCUUUUUGAUGGACUGUGUUGAGACUUGUAUUUCUUUUGGCAUUCAUGUUUUGUCACUGUACAAUUUAACUGUUAAUUAACAACUUUAAUUAACAAUUAACGCUCUCAUUGAAUAUGCCUCACAGAGAACAUGCAGUAAUAACCUAUAACAUCGGUGAGGGAUUUACGUAUUGGGGAAAUUGGGACCCCAAAUUAGCGAUGGUCUGCCAUCAGAAGAUGGGUUGUGUAAGGUUUUCAGGACCACUGAAACCACCUUUUACUUUUGAGGGUGUUGAGGCACUUUUUGUAGGUUUUUUGUCUGGAAGUUUGCCCCUGCUUGUUUCAGUGCUGUUUGGUAGAGUUACAUGCUGAGGUUUUCCACUUUUAUAUCUGGUUAACAUGUUUGUAGCAUGUUUGAUACAUUUUUGAUCUUAUGUUUUCUACUGAUUUCGGUUGGAGUCUUUCUGUGUGUGUGCUUUUAGCUAACACUGGGAACUGUCAAUGGUGGUUACUGCCUAAACCUAUAAAUGUUCACCCACAGAGAAAAAUUAUGUAUGCCAAUAUUUCUUUGGGCUUUUUCUGAUACAUAAAAUGGCUUUCUUGUGGGUUGUAACAAGUUUUGGUUCAUUAAUAUUCAUAAAAUAUAUUUCUAACAAUAAUUUAAUAUCAAAUUGGCUUUUGAAUUUCUUGUUAACAUAAGACAGCAAUUCAAAAUUGUUGUCAGCAUAGCGAAGGAUGUAUGAUAGGCUAUGUGUGUUUGCUUCCUGCAAAAUUCUGUAAUGCAAUGUAAAUUUAGGUCUCUGCUUAAAGGAAAAUUGUUGACUAUGAAAACUCCCAGUGUUGAUGCCAUCUUGCUUGAUACCUAGAAGAGGUCACCCAGUUGGUUAACGAACAGAGGCUCAGAACCAAGCUUUGAGUCCGAUAUAACAGGCUGCUCGUACUUUGGAUUAUUUUGCCAUAUUUGUGUAUUUGAUGGUCUGUGAAUGUUUCGGACUAACUCGAGAUCUUUUAACAGAUUCAUUGACAGGAAGUUCCAAAGCAAAUCUUUCUUUUCUGCCUUUUCUCUCUUAUCAGCUGUGAUAAAAGGAUAACUUAUCACUGGAAAUAUUGAUUAUAAUGAUAUUGAAAUAUUUCGUAGUAUUGCAUCAUAAAGAAUUUUCGAAAUUCUUCAUACUUUCUGUAUUCCGGUAUCCUGUUUUCUUUGUGUCUGGGUUUUUUUUUUGUUUUUUGUUUUUGGCUUCUGUUUUAUUUAUAUUGGGGAGCGGACAAUGUGUUUCAUUUGGUGUUUUUUGUUCAGUUGUAUAACUUUGGCAAUUCCCCUUUCGUUAGAGUUUGUCGCACCUUUUUUUUCCCGGACACAGAAUUUUAAGUCAAUGUUGCAACUUCACAGUCAUAUCAUGCUCGGCGGAUGCAAAAGAACAUUGUACGGAGUUGAUAAAGCCCGCCAUCUCUGUUCAUGAGAAACAUCUUGCUGGUUGCUGAUUAGUCAAUGUUGGCCAGCCUCCAAAGUGCAGCAGGUUUCACUAGAUAGUCGGAAAUGAAAACCUGUCGUUUAUUAACAUUUUUAUCUGUUUACAUUUUGACAGCCAAUUCUUCGGUAUCAGUUUUUCUCGUACCUGUUUAGAAGGGUUGGUUGUGUUUAGUUUGACUGUGUUUUGUUUAGUUUUGUUCUAACUUACUUUAUCGUGAUACUUGUAGCAGGCCAGUGUUUGUUAGUAUCUGGAUUUGCUUUUGUUUCUAAAAACGAAGUCUUUGAUAAUUGUCAGAAAUCAGCAGCCUAACCCCCAAGUUUCCUGUUUUCCUAGUGCGUCAAGAGUCAACCACAGUUUAACUCUCAUUUCGACAAUUUUGAUGGAGUUUCUGUUUUGAAUGCACUGACUUGCGGUUUAUUACUUUUACCGGCCUGCAUUGACUUCCUAUAUCGUCGAUAUAAUAUUGUUUGGUCUUCAAGCUUCAACAGAAACUUGAAGACUUUUGGAUUUCUUGGCCUUGCCCAUCCAUACUUCAACAAGAUUCCGUGUGAUCUCCAGUGAGUGGUGUAGCCGGGAUACAUUUUGCAGGGCGGCAAUGGGGGGGGGUGUGCAGUGAGUUCGAUCACAGUUAAACACUGGCCAAGGCGAUCAUCAUUAGAUUUUUUCCCUUUUCCAAUUUUCAAGGGGGCGGACCAAAGGCCUUGGCAGAGUGGGGCGGGGUCCAUGCCUCCCAUAUGUCCCCAUCCCCAAUGUUGCGCCAUGCGGCUGACACACUGGAUACUUUUCACUGGAUAUGAGGGUGAAGUUUUUGCGCAACGCCAAUAUUGCUCCACUGCUUCAUCUUUGCCAUCAUCUGCUAUGAAUCGAGGUUUGAGUUACGUAAUAAAAUAAUCACAGUAAAACGACUCUAAAACAA